CGCCUCUCUGACUCUCUCUCACUCUCGAAAAACGGAAGAGGGAAGAACCAACGCAUACACAUACAUACAGGCAGGCAAGCUGUCUCUCUCUUUCUCUGGUUCCUUGUCCGGGUUGCUCCCAUUUUGCGGAUUCGAUUGCGUCGGGAGGAGGAUUUUCAGAUUGGGAGGGGGUAGGGUCGAUUGGCGGUAUAUGGGGGCUGUUUAUGGUGUUGGAUUUUGAUUUGGUGGGGAUAAUUUUGGUGUUGGUGUUGCUUGAUUUUUGCGGGUUUUCGGGUUUGGGAUGAAUCGUGGGAUGUGAUGGGGGCGGGGUUUUCGCAGGCGUUCCCCUGUUUCAAUCCGGCAUCGUCGGGGCCGAGCAGGUCCGAAUCGGACGGGAUUUUCGCUCCGAAUGCGCCGCUGGACGAAACCCUCGGACACUCCUUCUGCUACGUCCGCUCCUCCGCUCGAUUCGUGUCUCCGACUCACUCGGAUCGGUUCGUUUCUCCCUCGCAGUCGCUCAGGUUUGACGAUCCAGUCCAUUUGAGGUCAGCGAAGCAGCCUGGUUGUUCCGAGACCGGAUUCCGGGCGAUAUCCGGCGCUUCCGUGAGCGCCAACACUUCGACUCCAAUUACCGUGCUCCAACUCGACGAUGCGGACGACGAUGCCGCCGGCGACGCUGCCAAUCACCAGCUUGACGGUAAUGUUGCUAAUAGCAGCAAGGGUUUCUUAGCCGGAGCUUCCAGGGGCGGUUGCAAUAGCGUUACUUUGGAUGGGUUUGAGAGCACCUCGUCCUUCAGCGCCUUGCCGCUGCAGCGCGUGCCGCGGGGGAGUGAGCCGCCGUCAGGGCCGCUGGAGAGGGCAUUCUUCAUGUCCGGUCCACUUGAGCGGGGCGCACUCUCAGGGCCGCUUGAUGGUGGGGCAGCCUCUGGGGAUAACAAUGGGGGAGUGCCGUUUUCGGCGCCACUGGGUGGCAUGUAUGUGAAGAAGAGGAAGAAGAAGAAGAGCAUUUCGGGAAUUCGGAAUGCAUUGUAUCGAAACUUCUCGGUGGUGCCUGUGCGGAACUUCAUUAGCGGUGGAGGACGGAAGGAUCUUCCAUCGGAGGACGAUGGCUGCAGAAGGGCAGCAGAGAUGGGUGGUGAGAGCAAUGUGCAGUGGGCCUUAGGAAAGGCAGGUGAGGAUCGUGUGCAUGUGGUUGUGUCGGAGGAAUUAGGCUGGCUGUUUGUUGGAAUAUAUGAUGGAUUUAAUGGUCCUGAUGCCCCUGAAUUUUUGAUGAGGCACUUGUACAAAGCCAUGUGCAAGGAAUUAGAGGGUUUAUUUUGGGAUACGGAGGAUGCUGCUGCGGCAGCAGCUUCAGACAAUACAGUUGUUGCAAAGAGUUCCUAUCCUAAUGAUGUUAGAACCGAUAGUUGUGAAGAAUUUGAAGGGAGAAAAGAAGGCGACGUGGAGCCACAGCCGACUAAAAAGGUGAUGUUUGGAGGGGAACAAAUUGAAGUUAGGAGGAGAAGAUUAUGGGAAUACCUUGUGGAGGAUGACACAGAAGACGGGCUUGAUCUGUCUGGUUCUGAAAGAUUUGCAUUCUCAUUAGAUGAUGCAUUGAGUGUGAACAAUGCAGGUUCAGCCGUACGUAGGAGGUCUUUAUUGUUGUCCAAGCUAAAACAUGGAUUGUUGAAUAGGCAUAAGGAUAAGGAGACUAGUAGCUUAUUUCCAUGGAGAUCAUGGCUGGAGGGAAAACAAAAAAAUACAGGGGAACGGAAGGAGGAUAAUCUAGCAGAUGAUCGAGGAGGCGUUGAGAGGGAGAGCAUUAAUGAAACUGGUAGGAAGCGGAAGGUUGGGCCUGUUGAUCAUAAUUUGGUUUUGAGUGCUAUGUCUCGAGCACUUGAAGUGACAGAACAAGCAUAUUUAGAUAUGACUGACAGGGUCCUUGAUCGUUACCCGGAGCUUGCCUUGAUGGGUUCUUGCCUGUUGGUUGCCCUGAUGAGGGAUGAAGAUGUGUAUGUGAUGAAUGUAGGGGAUAGUCGAGCCAUUGUGGCCCAGAAUGAAGUUGAAGACGAAAGUUGUCGGAUGGAUGUGGAAGGUCCUGCAGAUGAUGGUUUAAAUGAUGAGGCCAUAGUUGAAGAGUCCGUUGGAGUAAGUAACUUGGAAAGUAAAGCCGUGAUUGAAGCUCACGCUCAUCAACCUAUGAGCUUGACCGCACUACAAUUGUCCACUGAUCAUAGCACUAGCAUAGAAGAGGAAGUUACUAGAAUUAAGAAUGAGCACCCUGAUGACCGUAAUUGUAUAGUAAAUGACAGAGUCAAGGGCCGCCUUAAAGUUACCCGUGCAUUUGGGGCUGGAUUCCUUAAACAGCAUAAAUGGAACGAUGCCUUGUUAGAAAUGUUUCGGAAUGAUUAUAUUGGCACCGCCCCCUACAUAUCAUGUUGUCCUUCUCUUUGCCAUCACAAAUUGUGUCCCAGAGAUCAGUUUUUGGUACUUUCAUCUGAUGGCCUGUAUCAGUAUUUUAGCAAUCAAGAGGUGGUAUCACAUGUCCAGAAAUUUAUGGAGAGGUUCCCUGAUGGGGACCCCGCUCAGCACCUGAUAGAGGAAUUGCUAUCCCGUGCUGCAAGAAAAGCUGGAAUGGAUUUUCAUGAGCUUCUAGACAUUCCACAAGGAGACAGGAGGAAAUACCAUGAUGAUGUCACUGUUAUGAUUGUGUCCCUUGAGGGAAGAAUUUGGAAGUCCUCGGGGAAGUACCUAUAAGUGCUUGUUAGAUUUUAACCGUCACCGCCAGCUAUGCAAGUUAUUUUCACUUCGCACAUAGCUGGAAGGAUAAUCCAUUCAGAUCAUGUGCAUAGUCGGGGAUGGCAAUAGCGGCAGAAUGUUCAUCUUAUGCCGGAUGCAAGACUUGGGCGGCGGCGCAGUGGUUUCUAAUUGCCCCAAGAUUUCAAUUGUCAUAAAAUUCCCAGAUGUUGGAAGUAUUGGAAAAGUUUUGUAGUUGCUGGUGUAAACUUGCUCUAGGCCCGUUUUCUUCUUCAUUUUUUUUUUCUUUUUUUUUUUUUCUUCGCGGAAGUUAUGGAAAGAUGGAGGAGGGCCUUCUCAUUCGUUUGUUCUUAAUUGGGGGGUUUAGUUAUAGCAGAGCUUCGACGUUGGCCUUCUUCUUCCUUGGAUAUUUGAAGGUGGAAAUUUGUAAUUCUCCAGCUGGAUUUUCAGUGCCAUUUAGAGAAAAAAAGAAGUUAUAAUCAAUCCAAUGCAUCAUUUUAGAGUCUGCUUGGGUGUGUUUGUUCGGAAAUAUGAAUUUUUUGAAUUGGGAUU